CGUCUUCUGACGCACACGAAGAAGACGAGUUGUUGUUAGUGGAGAAAUGGCGUCUAUGGGCGGAAUGUUUCCUGGUCAGCAGCCUCCUGGACCUCAUGCACCUACAGGUCCCGGCGGUCCAGGUCAGCCAGGGCUCCUCACAGGUCCUCCCGGUAAUAGAGGGACAAAUAACACAUUAGUAGAUGAACUGGAAGCUUCUUUCGAGGCGUGUUUUGCAUCUCUUGUCAGUCAAGAUUAUGUGAACGGAACAGACCAGGAAGAAAUUAGGACUGGGGUUGAUCAGUGUAUACAGAAGUUUCUGGAUGUAGCCAGACAGACUGAAUGUUUCUUCCUUCAGAAAAGACUGCAGCUGUCUGUACAGAAACCAGAACAGGUGGAAAAAGAGGAUGCAUCAGAACUGAAGAAUGAACUCCAAAGGAAGGAGAUGUUGAUUCAGAAACAUCUUACCAAGAUCCAUCACUGGCAGCAGGUCUUGGAGGACAUCAACGUCCAGCACAAGAAGCCCACAGAACUGCCACAGGGUCCACUGGCCUUCCUGGAACAGGCCUCAGCCAACCUCCCUGCUCCCAUGAAGCCAAACUGAAGCAUGUACGGAGAUCCAGAACACUAUUCAGACUGUGUUCCAGGGGCCUCUCUCUCUGCCCAGCAAACUGUACAAUAAGCCUUUGUUGUGGACUCUUGUCAGUGAUGAUUUUGUAAUGUACAUCCAUGAUGUGCUUCAAGAGGUGCUAAAAGACGUUACUUCCACUUCUCUUUCAUUAGGAGCUUGUAGGUCUGCCAGAAGGAGGUCAUUUUGAAGAACUUGAGGGUUUUUGACAAUUAAUCAUAAGCAUACUUAAAACUCAUUUUGUUAGGUAGGAAAUGUGAUUAAUUAAUCACAUCAAAUUAAUCACAUUUUUAACAUUUCAAGUAGAGAUGUUCAUAAAGCUGCAGUGACCAGAAAGGGCUUCUGUUAGAGAGAAUUAAGUGGAAUAAAAAAAUAUUUUUUUCCACAUUAUUCAUAUUUUAUUAAAACACCUUUUGUAAAGUUUAAAAUAAACAUGUUUUGUUGAAAAUUAGUACAUUCAGAUUAAUUUUAAAGUUCUCUUUGGUCUUCCUUUAUCUCCUGGCAUGGCAGUCCAGCACUGUAUCUCCCUUACAUUAUUUUUUUUUUUCUACUCAGUGCUUUUAUCUUCUCCCUUUAUAACAUGCUGUAUGAACACAAGCAAACGUUUUCAAUUUUCCAACUACCCACAAAUCCAUUAACUUUGCAUUUGUAAUUGUAUUUCCCUUUUAGUAAAGUUAAAGUCAAAUCUACAAAUACAAUCUAAGGCUUCUGACACAAUUUGGCAACAAUAAAAACCCUUCAGCAAUCCAUUGAUCAAUAAAUGGGUGAAACUUCUAAAGAAUGCGCCAAAAUGACAUUAUAAUUUCAUGACUUUCAUUACAAAAUCAAAAGAAAGAAAAAAGAAGUUACAUAACAUACUUGGAGAUUAUAUACAAGAAA